AUGGCGCUGGUAUCUAGGUAUGUGUUGGCUGGCCCCAUCAAAGAUAAUGCCAGCCCCGCAGGCCGCCGCGCCCGCUGCGUCAAAUUGACCGUGCCACGGUUCUAUAGCGUUUAUGCUCUGAUUCGUGCGUGCGUACUCACGGAGACACAGCGUCAAAUGAAAGUGCAGUGCAGUGCAGCGGGGGUGAAUGCACUCGAUGCACUUGUACCGCACCACCUCGCCUUGCUAAGCGCCUGGUGUAGUGGCCGCGCGACUCAGCCCACCACACCGGCCAGUUGGCAACCAAACAGACUAACAGACACGGCCGUGGCAUACAUACCAACACUGACCACCAGCGCGUUCCACGCUCCUCCUACGCACAAUAUACUCAAUAAAGUUAUGCAAUAA